AUGAGUUCUAGUUCCAGGCUCGUCAGCAAUGCUGCGACACGGAGAAUAUUGCUUCAUUCAUCUUCCCGCUUACCACACUCUUCUCUCUUAGCCACCAGGUCGCAAUUCAGUCGCUCUCUACCAUCGAAAGUCCAGGCGCUGGCCAUUCUUUUGCCUCAGAGAAAUUAUGCCACCGAUACAAGCACACAUAAUUCUGAUGGCGGACCUCCACCGGGGUUCAAUAUGAAUGAAGCGAAGAAGCCUUUGCCCAAGGAGGGAGACAAGACAGCGUCACCAACUCCUACCGUAGCUGAACUCAAGCAGUCCGAUGAGCAGCUGAAGACACCAAAGGGCGAGGCGACUAUGGUAGACAAGACCAAGGCUUUGGAGAAUGCGUCGUUGACAGAUUUGGCCGCUGGAAAGGCUGCUACUGAAUCGACGCAAUCCAGUGCUUCUGUGCCGACGAAUAAAAAGGAGGAUGCAAAGAAGCUGACCAUUGGCCAAAAAAUCAAAAAAGAGAUCAUGCAUUAUUGGGAUGGCACCAAAUUGUUGGCAGCCGAAGUCAAGAUCUCAUCAAAGUUAGCUUUGAAGAUGGCUGCUGGUUACGAACUCAGUAGGAGGGAGAACAGACAGCUUCAACGGACAGUUCAAGAUCUGGGUCGUCUAGUCCCAUUCUCCGUUUUCGUCAUUGUUCCCUUCGCCGAAUUGCUGCUGCCAGUGGCACUAAAGCUCUUUCCCAACAUGUUGCCGUCGACAUUUGAAGGGCAGAAAUCUCGCGAAGACAAGGCUGCAAGACUACGGGAAACGCGCAAGGGCGUUUCUUCGUUCCUCAGAAAUACACUUCGAGAGACCGGCCUGCCAGUCUCAGCCGUCAAUGCUAAAAAGGAGGAAUUCACGGAAUUCUUCCGGAAGGUCCGGGCUACUGGAGAAUCUCCUUCGCGAGAGGACGUGAUCAAAGUUUGCAAGACUUUCAAAGAUGAUUUGACGCUAGACAAUCUUUCCCGGCCUCAGCUGGUGGGCAUGUGCAAAUACAUGAAUCUGAACACGUUUGGCACAGAUGCCAUGCUGCGGUAUCAGAUUCGUCACCGCAUGAGACAGAUCAAACGAGAUGACAAGGCCAUUUCUUUCGAAGGAGUCGACUCGCUAUCCGUGCCAGAAUUGCAAAUGGCGUGCGCCUCCCGAGGUUUGCGGACACACGGCAUGUCGCCCGGUCGGCUGCGAGAAGAUCUUCAGAUGUGGCUUGAUCUCCGUUUGAAAUACAACAUUCCGUCCACUUUGCUGGUGCUCAGCAAUGCAUAUAUGUAUGCUUCGGGCAAGGACAGCGCAAUCGACUCUCAAAUCGACGCCUUGCAGGCUGUGCUCAGUAGCAUUCCAGAGGAGUUGUUCCACGAAAUUGAACUUGAAGUACACAACGCAGAAGGUGCCGCCACCAACAAACAGCGUCUCGAAGUGCUGAAGGAGCAACAAGAACUCAUUGAGGAAGAGAAUGAACAGGCUGAAUCCACCAAGACGGAAGACGACAAAUCUGCUAGUAAGGGUGUCAAAGAUGACAAGGAUAUUGAUGAGAAACCUAAGCCCAAGGCUGACGCCGAGGCCAAGGAUCCCACUCCAGCAGCAGAAGCCCACGAGGCGGAGAAUGAUGCAUCAGAGCAAGGCAAACAAGAGCCAGUGAGAAAAGAAGCAGAGGUCAAGAAGGAUUGA